AUGUCCUUUCACUCUUUUUUUUUCUUUUCUGUGAUCCCUUAUUUUUUAUUUCGCUUUGCACCUUUCCAUAAACGUUUCUUUCUUUUUGCAUUUUACCAUUUCUCUUUCUUCCUUUUUCUUCUCUUAUUUCCUUCUUUCCCCUUCUAUUUUUUCUUUUACAUGUCCUUGUUCUGCCAUUUUCUCUUCACUUUUUUUCAUUUUAUUUCCUCACUUUCCCUUUUAACCAUUUUUAUUCUUUCUGUUUUUCAUUUUUCUCCAUCCUUCAUUUUCAUUUUCUUUUUCCCUCUUUUUCAUUUUCUCUUUUUGCCCUUUUCUCCUUUUCUAUCUUUGUUCUUAACUUUUAUUCUUUUUAUUUAUUUCUUGUUUUUUCUUUUUCUUCUUCUUUCUUUUUCUUGCUCUAUCUGUACUUCUUGCUGUUUCCUUUUCCUUUCUUUUUUCACAUGCUACUUUCCCCUCUUUUCUUCUUUUUGCUUGCUUACUAUAUUUUUUUCUUUCUUUCUGUUGUUGUUUUUUGUAAUCUUCUAUUUGUCAAUCGUUCAUUCUUUUUUCUUUCAUUCCUCUUUUCAUAUAUUAGCGAUUAGCCACUCUAUUCUAUCAUUCUCGCUUCUUCCCUUCAUUCAUUUCCUUCUGUUCGUCUUUAUUUCAAAUUUAUUCAUUCAUUUAUCAUAA